ACUCAAAUCAGCCCCAAAGAAGGCUGGCAAGUCUAUAGUUCCGCCCAAGACCCAGAUGGAAGAUGUAUUUGCACUGUGGUUGCUCCAGAACAAAACCUUUGCUCCAGAGAUGCCAAAAGCAAGCAGCUUAGACAACUACUGGAAAAGGUGAGUAUGGUCACCAGAUAACCUUCCUUUUGCCUAUUAAGAUGCUCAUGAAAAUAUGUUCUUUCACUCCCUUUUAAAUAAUAUUUUUAUUUUCCAUUUUAAAAGUUAUUGACAUCCACUUUCUCUUCUUAAGGUUAAACAACACAGGGCAAUGAGCACCUGACACAGAGGGUGACAAUAUGUAGCAAACAUACUACAGAGACAAAGUCUGCCCAUAAUUUCUGCAAAAGCAGCAUUUGUGUUUCCUCACAAAUUGCAAUUAGUGGUGCUGACAGUGUCCCAAAUAAGUGUUUUGAGAAAAAGAGCUUCUGUGGGCAACAACAAAAAAAGAACUUUUUAAUAAUCACCGUAAUCUCUUUUGUAGAUUUGCAAUUUAUAUUAUAAUUUUGUGUGCCACGCUGAAAACAGAAAUUGUUGCGCUAGAUAAUAAAGAGUUCUAAAGAUAAUCAGGCAUUAGUGGCCGGUUUUCCAAUUUUAGCUUUUAAUAAUCUAAAGACAAAUGGUGAUACUCAGUGCUACAUAAUUGCCACAGCCAACUUAGUAAUUCGCAAACUGAGUGCCAUGAAAGAACUGCUGUGAGAAAUGAAUUUAUAAUGAAGCACCCAUUCUGUGCCCCAGCUCAACAUCAUAGUGACAUCUUGCCUGCCAUAUCUUUGACUGAUUCACUAGACCUUGUUUGCUUCCAGUCAACCACAUCUCUGCCUAUGGUGGUGUUUGGGGUCAUUCAAUCCUUACUGAUGUGGAAAGAACUCAACCCUGGACACCACUGUUGUUUGGCUCAGAUGCCUGUCUUAUUACUGAUGACAGGGAGCUGUCCAGCAGAUCUAAAGGAUCUCUAAUUGCUGAGGAGAAGUAGAUGUUGCACCUGUGACUGCUAAGCACAAAUGGUGCCAUUUUAUUACUCAUUCUGCUGCCUAUCCCUUUUUUUGAAGUGUUAACCUUGCUCUGGAGCAUGUGGCUCUGUCUUCCUCCCUCCAAACAGUCUCCGGAAUAUGACGCUUCCUGCUGCUACAUGGUCAUUAUCCCUUUGGCUCUGGGCUUCUGCACAGAGUAAUUUUUUAGGGGAGAUAUUAGAGGGUAUGGAGGUGGUGCUGAGGACUGGUCAAGGGUACACUGCCCCCCAGAUUGGCAGUCAACACAAGGUAAUAUCACCAAGCCAACUAUCUGUAAACAAACAAUAAACGUCCAUAAAAAUGGCAAAGUAGUUUAUUUCCCAACUAGUUUUUAUCUUUGUUGUUGUUUAGUCGUUUAGUCAUGUCCGACUCUUCGUGACCCCAUGGACCAGAGAACGCCAGGCACUCCUAUCUUCCACUGCCUCCCAGAGUUUCGUCAAAUUCAUGUUGGUAGCUUCUGUAACACUGUCCAACCAUCUCAUCCUCUGCCGUCCCCUUCUCCUUGUGCCCUCCAUCUUUUCCAGCAUCAGGGUCUUUUCCAGGGAGUCUUCUCUUCUCAUGAGGUGGCCAAAGUAUUGGAGCCUCAGCUUCAGGAUCUGUCCUUCCAGUGAGCACUCAGGGCUGAUUUCCUUAAGAAUGGAUAGGUUUGAUCUUCUUGCAGUCCAUGGGACUCUCAAGAAUCUCCUCCAGCACCAUAAUUCUAAAACAUCAAUUCUUCGGCGAUCAGCCUUCUUUAUGGUCCAGCUCUCACUUCCAUACAGUGAUCCAUGAAGGAGAGUUUUUAUCUUAAACAAUAGCAAACACAGUAAAUAAAGAGUUGAUCCAUUUUUAUGGAUGUUCAUUGUUUGUUUACAGAUAGUUGCCUUGGUGAUGUUAUCUUGUGUUGAUUGCAGUGGUCAUUGUAUCACCACCCUGUUCAUUAUUUUAUUGUUAUACCCCAGAUUGGCCGCCAGCUCUGAUGGGCCAUCAUUUCCGGGACUAUUUUUUAAAUUAUUUUUUAUUUUAAAAUUUCCUGGGCUUUUGGUCUCAGGCUCAGUUGUCUAUAACCAAUGGCCCUAGGUGAGAGUCAGUGAUACUGUCAGAGGAAGUGGUCUCUCAUUCUGAGUUAGUCCUGACAGAAUGAAAUGUUGGGGCAUGGCAGAGAGAAAAAUAACCUGUAGAGGAGGCUACAUAUUGCAUCUCUUCAUGAGCCACUGCUUCCAGGCAGCAAGAGCUCCCCACCCCUUUGCAGGCAGGUAUUUUAGAUGUUUCGUCAACUAUGUACUUCUGUUAUUAUAAUACUUGCUGAUAAAUAAUAAGCCCCUUGAUGUUCUUCUUGUUGUGCUGACUGACAUGGUUCCUGACAGACUUACACAUAAGUGCUCAGUAGUAACUCCCAGAGUUUUCAGUGGGACUUACUCCCAGGUAAGUGAGCUUAAGGCUGCAGUCUGAAUUGUCCACAAUUUGCCAUGUGAAAAGGUAGCAACCCUAUGACCUUUCUGUAAUACCUUUUUACAAGUCAAAAGUCCUUGUUUUGGUGGCUAGUGUCUACACUCAGGAAAUGAGAAACCCUCGUCAAUUCAGCUUAAAGAAAUGCUCUUGAAAUAGCCUACACGCGGGUGGCGCUGUGGGUUAAACCACAGAGCCUAGGACUUGCUGAUCAGAAGGUUGGCGGUUCGAAUCCCCGCGACGGGGUGAGCUCCCAUUGCUCGGUCCCUGCUCCUGCCAACCUAGCAGUUCGAAAGCACAUCCAAGUGCAAGGAGAUAAAUAGGCGGGAAGGUAACGGCGUUUCCGUGCACUGCUCUGAUUCACCAGAAGUGGCUUAGUCAUGCUGGCCACAUGACCUGGAAGCUGUACGCCGGCUCCCUCGGCCCAUAGAGCAAGAUGAGCGCCGCAACCCCAGAGUCGGUCACGACUGGACCUAAUGGUCAGGGGUACCUUUACCUUUACCUAACAUGGUAGGCUAUCCCUGUUGAAGAUCUGGAAUCUGAUAUUAUUGAACUGUUUCUGCAGGUUUUUUAAGGUUUCUCUUUCAUACACCAAAUUAAUAAUAUUAUGGGUAGGAGUGGCAGUAAAUUUAUGCAGAAUAAAGAGAGUGGCCUACUACCAACAAACAAACGAUCGAAUGAAUGAAUGAAUGAAUGAAUGCAGUGUUUGUUUUCAUGUGAUAGAUCAAAGCAUGGAAUCCUUCUCUCCACAGUAGAGUUUCUCCACAGAGAAACCCACAACUGGCUCCAGAGAUAAGGUGUGAUUCAAGGCUAGUCAUCAAUUGUGCAGUAAUCAAGUGCAGAAAAAUAGGCAAGGGAUCCAUAUGUGUGGACCAGUUCUAAGAAAUCACAACAUGAGGACAAACCAGGAGAAAGGCAAUAUUCCACAUCAAUAGGCACACAUAGCCACAAGGCUUUUAAAAACAGCUGGGUUGUCGUGCUGCUGUUCCUCGAAGUUUCAGAUGUUACAUUGGCUCAGGCAUUGUGAAAUAAAAGCAAAGAAUUCAUGAGCACGGUGGUGGAGGGUGAGGUUAUAGACUUCAGUUUUAAAAUAAUAAGGGAAUAUUUGUGUAGCUGCUCCUGUUCCGGGUUUGUUUGUUAACAAAGGGACCAUGCCAUAUACACUCUUGCACUAAAAUGCUCUCAAGGCUUUCCGGCAAUUUCGCAGCACUGAUGUUUUCCAUAUCCGUAGCUAUAAACCGCAUCCUUGAUAGACAACCUAUUGAAGUAAAGGAGAUCACUUCCAGAAUAACAAAAGCAUAAGAUGGGGCCUUCUGAAUCUACCUCAGCCAGUAUUUCCUGAUGGUAGAGUAGCCAGUCAGACAUCUCUAGGCUGCUUCUCUGGAAAGGCAGAAAGGCAACAGUGCUUCACCAUUAUUUGUCUCCCAGAAACUAGUUCUCAGAGCUGUUCAGCCUCUGACCAUGUAGUUUUUCUUGGCUCUGCCCUCCAGUUCAGUAAGACUCUUCUUGGUGAGUGACUUCAUCUUUGUGAAAUCGGAAAGACACUGCAAUUUGUAUAUGGAGCCCAAAGAGCCUGUGCCCCCACCCCCUUUAUUAAGAACUCAACAAGAAGAUCCACUGAAACUCUGAUAUCUUUUUGCGUAAUCGUCAAUUCUAUUUAUGUUACGUAUAAGGUAGCUAAAUUCCUUGUCUCUUUAAUAUAAAUGUGGAAGCAGAUGGUAAAGUGAGAACUUCUUUUUUUGGUUCUUCGGUAAAUUCAUCCAUAUCUUUUUAAUGCAUAUUAUUCGAGUGUAACAAAUUAUAUUGGUCUGUGACUGUAAUCAAUACAGUUUUUAAAGGAUUAACUGCCAAUUAGUUAAAACCUGACCUUUUCUCCAUGAAUUUGUCGAGUCCAGACAUUAAAUCAAAUUGUAGUGUGUUUUGUGAUUUUUACCAUAAGCCCCACCCUUGCCACAGGUCUUGCUUAAAAACCCCAAAAUAUUCUGCACAAACUCAGACUGCUCCUGUAUUUUUAUGAACGUGUACAGCAAUGGCAAAAAAAACCCCAACCCUCCCCUUUUCAACAGUAUAGUUUCGCACUCCUCACAAAAAACAUACUAGCUUGCUCUCAAUCUUCAUUGACUUUGCUUGCUCUCAGUGACAACAUCAUGUAGGCAAAUAUGAUUGGUUACUUAGCCAUGUGACAUUAUCCUAUUCACUGUAUGAUCCCAGAUUGUGAGGAAUCAAUCAUGUGACUAAUCUAGGAAGUAGGCAGAAGGAACGGCCUGGGAAACAAAAUGGCGCCAAAGUAGUGGCAGCAAUGAUGGGAAACAGUGGGUUGUAUUCAACUAAAUUUUACUCAAAGUAGGCCCAUUGGAAUUAAUGCUCCUUAAGCUCAGGGGGGUAGAAUAAUGACUACUACUCAGUUUUUCUGAACAAUAUUCAGAAAAAAUACUAUUCACACAGUCAGUGUUUCUGGAACUAUUUCUUCCCCAUAGUAUUUUCAGCCACAAAAGCAAAUCUGAAUGAUAUUGAGUACAGCCCUAAUAAAAUUAUUUUAAUUUAAUCACAUUGAGCAUGCAAGGAAUUUCCCUUUUAUGUCGCAUUGAAUCUUCUUACAGAUUCAGAUUAACAGCAACUCUAGCAAAACAAACAGCCCUAGUUUUGUCACAGUUCUAAGGGGUGUUUUAUUUGCUUGACUUGCAUAGCGACAAGGAUAAUAAAAGUUGUGGAUUUGCUAUUAUCACUGGCAGUUUCUCAAAAAGCGCUAAGAGCUAGAUAAGUAGCAAAUCUGCAUUUUGAUGAAAUACCAGCUUUGCAGUCUUUUUAAACUAGGAGCAGAGUUACAGAAGAUUAAGUAAUCACAAAUCCAUAGCAUUGUUGUCUGCAUCUGUGGGAACUUCUGACCCAACCUAUCCCUCAGGGCUGAGUUGGUUUACAAAUUUAAAAGUUUAAAGUACGCCUUGCUGCAUCAGGUCAGAGGUCCACCUACUCUAGGCUGGUCAUUUAAGCAGCACCAAAAAUGAGGAAAUGCAUUACCAAAGAAGAAGGCACCCACCUUCAUACAAUUUGCACAUUGAUUCAUUGCUAUAACUUAAACAGAAAUAACAUAUACCUUACCCCAAUGGAGAAGACUGUGACUGGGUGAGCUGUGUGCUUGCUCAGUCCUGCUGUCCUAUGGGGCAUGGGUGGUGCUAUGGUCUAAACCACUGAGCCCCUUGGGCUUGCUGAUCAGAAGGUCGUUGGUUCGAAUCCCCGUAACAGGGUGAGCUCCUGUCACUCUGGUCCCAGCUCCUGCCAACCUCGCAGAUUGAAAGCACACCGGUGCAAGUAGAUAAAUAGGUACCGCUGCAGCGGGAACAUAAACAGCAUUUCCAUGCACUCUGGUUUCUGCCAUGGAGUUCCGUUGCACCAGAAGCAGUUAAGUCAUGCUGGCCACAUGACUCAUAAAGCUGUCUGUGGACAAACAUUGGCUCCCUCAGCCUGAAAGUGUGAUGAGCACCACAACCCCAUAGUCGCCUUUGACUGGACUUAACCGUCCAGGGGUCCUUUUGUGGGAUGUAAUCCACUGGGAGCAGUCAAGUACAACAUUACCUGUUUUGCUAGAGUGGUCAUGCAGGGAAUGUUAUUCCAGCCAGUCGCAACUUCCUGUUCCUCCUGACCUGGAGCAUCCUUCCUUGCAUGUAACUAGUAGGUGGGCGUGACCUUUCCAGACCUGGUAAAAUACCAAGUCACUCAGCCAUCUCCCUCUCUUCGAUCUUCUUUUUCGUCCUGCCAAAUUCCUGAUUCACCUGGACUGGACUGCUGCAAGCCAGCAGCCCCCCAGGUUAUCUCCCAUAUGGGGUAAACCUGUUUGUACAUGUUUGUAACUUUAAGCCUAAAGCUUGCCUUCAGGGAUCACACUGUGCUCUGACUGUUCAUGAGUAAAACUAUUUUUUGUUACUUAUGAAUAAGACUGUUGUGUCUUUAUUCUUUUAGGAGGGAUCAAAGGGGUCUUACCAGGAAUAAAAGAACAUAUCUCAAUCUGGGCAAGCCAGAUUGAAUUGUUUGUUGUCUUAAAAGUCUCACACAAGUCUACAACCGGUUUUCUGCUGCAAAGGGGGGGGGGAGUGAAGAAACUUCCUAGCGCAAGUUAGGAAGCAUAUUAAUAAUCAAUAUAUCCUCUCUUGCCACCCUCAACAUUCCCACACCUUUACCUUUCUUUACCUUUACCUUUACCUGCUGUCCAGCUUCUAAUUGCUGGUGGCCAUCUGCAUCUUGUUCUAGCACUGAAAGAUGCCACUGGAAGCUCACAAUCAGACUAUGAAAGUGUUCCAAGGUAUAAUGCUUUUCAGUAUGGAGCUUCCUCCAUUUGUGAAGAUGAAGCCAGGGAGUCAGUUGGCAAAGGUUGGAACUAAAGCACCAUGGACAGACUUCCAUGUGGGCACCAUGGCUCUCCACUCUGCAGUUUAUACCACAACAAUUCACUCUUGAAUAUGAUACGAUAAUCUUUAUUGUCAUUGUCCCAUACAGAACAACGAAAUUGAAAAAAUCUACAUCGGACAUUCAAAAACCAACAAGCCUACUAUCCCAGCUAUCCCAGCCUGGUUAGCCCCCUAAAAACUCCGAUACCCCAUAAUUAAAUACAAUAUACUCCCAUAGAGACUACCUUACACUGCGUUUAAAACCAAAAUUGCAUUUGGAUCGAAACUGUUUCUCAGGCGGCUAGUCCUAGUCUUUAUAACCCUGUACCUUCUUCCAGAAGGCAGAAGCUGAAAGAGAUCAUUUCUGGGGUACACACUAUCCUGCACUAUCUCUGCAGCUUUCUUAUGACACCUGGAAACAUAGAUUUGAUCCAAGGUGGGAAGAGUGAACCCAAUCUCAAGGGGCUGGAGGAAGCUGCUUCCAGUACAGUGUGAGGAAGGCUGAUUGCAAAAGGAAAUGUUGAGGCAUUUGUGGGUAUAUGUCUGGACACCAGGGCUUUCUUCUUCUUCUUCUUCUUCUUCUUCUUCUUCUUCUUCUUCUUCUUCUUCUUCUUCUUCUUCUUUCUCCUUUUAUUUCAGUGAGAAGGAGAUCCAAUGUGCAGGUUGCACUUCCAAGUACUUGCAGAAGAAAACACUAGCAUAGUUCAGGGAAGGCGGGGGAUGAGACGCUUUGUACUUAAACAGAUAUCGCUGUCUCGCAUCUUCCAAAGCACAGACACAUCAAAAAGGAAAGUAUCAGGAAAGUAUAGAAUUCGGGGGCUUUGAAAGGAAAAUAAAUAUAUGCACUCCAAUGUAUCAAGAGUCAGGGCUGAACUAAAACCAUGACCCCACAUCAAAGACCCUGAUCCCGGUGUUUCAACAAAUCUGGCAGUGAUUCAGAGUGGGAAUGGGGAAGUACGUGAUGUGGUGAUGUCACACCAGCACUAAGAUCGCCCAGAAUUUAUAGGGUAGGUGGGGGUGAACUUGACACGAAAUAGCUAUUUAUGUCAGCAGUUCUGCUCCUCAGCACAGAAGGUGGUUGCACUUCUGGUCGUCCUUUUUUUUUUUUUUAGUGGUUCUAAGGCCCCUGAGGUCUGAAUAUUGAUGGAACCACUCUCACAAUACAUCCUUUCAAAGGAUGGUGGCAACCCCCCAUCAAGGAGAUGCCAUACUUCUGAGAAGCCACAUAAUAUGGUUCACAGCACCUGAAACAUUAGCAGAAGCAUGCUAUAUUUUAUUCCCCCCCAACCCCCAACCCCCCACAUUUCUGGUCUUUUCAGCCUCCCCACUUCAUUUUAUUUUCUCCCCUAUUGAAAAUCCCAUCUAGACAUUUCUUUUGCACAGUAUUUUGGGAUUAUGAAUUGAGAAGUAAUGAAAUCAAAUUUGCCAAUUCCUGAACUAGAAUACUUAACAUUUUUGUGUCAUCUGAUAUAUACUCUCUUUUAAAACAGUGGCAGCUGAAUAGGGAAGCCUGUUUCUGUUCCAUGUCAUUUUCUCUCAAUCAUAGGUCCCUUCCAUCCCAUUAUUUUGGAUUUUUUAAUGCACAAAAAUGUGCUAUUAUUAUUAUUAUUAUUAUUAUUAGAAUUUAUUAUGCACAUCUUAUGCGUUUUGGUACACAUUCCAGCCUUAAAAUGCAUGUUUUGUGUUUCAAUACAUUUCCCUUUAAACUAUUCAUUUUGUGUGCACAUUUCCCCCAUAAAAUAGUGCAUUUUUGUUUGAACCAAGACUGUGUCACAGAAUUUGAAGUGUACAAUCCAAUUGAUUCCCUAGGCUAAAGAGUUCUUGGAUGAGCAAAGGCCCAGUGUCCUAAUGCAAUCAAGAAAGCACACUGAAAGUGAUGAAUUGGUCGCUGAGAGCCCUGAGUUCUUGAGUGACUUCAAAUUAGCACGAGAAAACAUCCAUCCAAAGUCAAGUGUUGUACUCAAAAAAGAAGUCACUCUCCUCUUUGGUGCACCUGAAAAUUCCCCAUUCAGAUGCCACCCUGUUUUAUUUUGUUUUUGUAUUUCUGAGGCUGUAUUUGGUCCUAGACCCCUGAACUCUUUGGUCUUCAUUCCUCAGUUAACCACUAUAGAUGAUGCCCAAAGGCUGCCCAGCAAGCUCUGUGAGAACAGCAGGGGCUCUGCCUUCCCCUCCAUCCUUCUGAAACCAGUCUCCUGCAUUCCUCAACAACCAACAUGUAUCUGAAGCUCAAGGAAAGGGGAACUUUUAGCAGUUUUACAGUGGGGAAGAGGCAGGAGCUAAAACAUGAAAAGCUUGGGGCACACCCAAAAGAUGCGUAUGACAGCAGUGGCACUCACCUGACCACUUCCACUUACUGGGAAGGGGAGGUUGACAGGGUGCAAACACAGUGGCAGAGGCAAGGAAAUGCAGGUGCGUUUGCACUGUGGCAACCACUGUACCGCCUGGUGUGCAGCAAUGCAACCAACUGGAGGUCAGGAGAGUGGCAGAGCCAUACCACUGAUGACAGCAAAUAAAGUUUGCCAGGUGCUUAUUUGACCAGGAGCAGAGAUGGAUGGUUCAGUCUAUAGUGGUACCUCAGGUUACAUACGCUUCAGGUUACAUACGCUUCAGGUUACAGAUUCCGCUAACCCAGAAAUAGUGCUUCAGGUUAAGAACAGUUUCAGGUUAAGUACGGAUCUCCAGAACGAAUUAAGUACUUAACCUGAGGUACCACUGUAUUUUUGAUCUGCGUUGCUUUCACAUCUGUUCUUAAACCCAUUCCAUUUUGUUUCUGUAUCAGCCUGGGAACUUGUAAAAAGUGCAUUAUUUUUGUACAUGUUUUUCAUGAAAUAUGCAUUACUUUGGCAUUUUACACUAAAGUGUGGCUUUUAUAUGCAUUUCGAUAUGACUUCUAAGUAUCAAUACGAAAGGUAACUGCAUUUGGAUAUCCCUAUCAGUCUGGGAAAUGUGAGUCCAGUUGUUUUAUUUAAAAAUACAGACUGCAUGUAAUCCUCAAGCAUCCCUAAGCAGGAGCUUAAGCCAAUGUUAGAGAGAGAGAGAGAGAGAGAGAGAGAGAGAGAGAGAGAGAGAAAUGUGUGUGCAUCCUAUGGAGCGAAUGCAGGCUCCUUGGCUUCAGCGAUAGCAAUGCGAAGCCUCCGAAGCGCAGAGGGAGCGCUCCCUCCGUGCUCCCCAAGCUUCGCAUUGCUUUCGCUGAAGCCUGGAGAGCGAGGGGGUCGGUGCGCACCGACCCCUCUCGCUCUCCAGGCUUCAGGGAUAGCCGAAUGAAGCCUUUGGAGUGCAGCGGGACCUCGCGCUGCGCUCCGGAGGCUUCGGGUUCCUUUUGCUGAAGCCAGGAGAGCAAGACUCUCCUGGCUUCAGCAGAGAGGGAGAGCUGCGCAGUGCCCCUUCAGCGAAGCGGGAGGAGAAAUGGAAGAGGCUCCGUUUCUCCUGCCGCUUUGCUGAAGGGGUGCUGAGCAGAGAGGGGGAGGAUUUUUUUUUCUUGUUCUCCCCCUCUAAAACAAGGUGCGUCCUGUGGUCGGGUGCGUCCUAUAGUGCAUCCUAUAGAGCGAAAAAUACGGUAUAUAUUUGUGGGUGGGUGGGUGUGGUGGGUGGGUGGGUGUCUGUCUGUGUGUGUGUGUGUGUGUGCACGUGUGUGUGUGUGUGUGUGUGUGUGUGUUCACAGCAUUUACAUCUUUUAGCCAUACACUCACACCUACUUAGGUGUGCACUUUAAACUAUGUCAUGUAUGAAGCAACCAUAAGAGACUGCUUCCAUACCAGCCUGCGGUUGUUACUGAUCCCCAGCACUGUCCUGAACUGACCUAAAAGCAACACACACCUUGCUUCAGGCUACUACAGUAUUUAACAUAUAUAUUUGUGCAAAAAUAUGCAGCUCUGCCUCAGCAUCGAUGUUCCUCUUUUGCUGAGUUGCCACAAUAUGUUCUUUUUUGCAGGCAUUGUUUGAUGGGGUAAAGGGACAGGUUCGAAUUCUGUACCUCCACAGUCUCAUUAAUUUUAGAAGGGGUCGUACCUGUACAAAACGAGACUGUGUUUCCAAUUCGCUGUUCUUGUGAAUUUCAGAGCUCAGCAAAAUGCCUAGCAAAUCUGAAUGCUGACACAUGCCAGCGUAUCAUUCAGCGUUUGAUAUAACAGCAUUUUUAUGUGUGGGAACAGAAACUUAAGUAUAUAGAUAGAUAGACAGUAUAUUCUGAGAGCAUAAUUGAUGUUCUUCCUUAACAGGUUCAGAAUAUGUCCCAGUCCAUUGAAGUUUUAAACCUACGGACUCAGAGAGAUUUCCAGUACGUUUUAAGGAUGGAAACACAAAUGAAAGGGCUGAAGGCCAAGUUCCGGCAAAUUGAAGAUGACCGGAAGACACUAAUGACAAAGCAUUUUCAAGUAUGUUUGACUUUUCUCUUCUUUUAAUGAUCACUUGAAUGACUGCCAGAAGUGAUGUGCUUGUGAGAAACAAUGUGCGGCCGGCAAAGCUGUCGACUUGAAACGCUUGUCGGUAAGCCCAUAAUGAACCCCCUUGUUUCUGCCGCGAUCAUCCCUCUCGCUGCAGCGUUUUGCUGUGAUGGGAAGUGACCAUUAAUUACUGACACAAUAGGGGGGGGGGAAUGUCACCACUGCAGAACAGAAUACUAUUUUCGCGGCAUCCGUGAUGGGGUUCCCACCAGGCGAUUUAGAUGCAAAACAGCCUCUGCUUGUGAUAAAUGAAGCACACCCGGCAGAAUUAAUAAGAAAAGAGCAAGGAGCCAUAGUGUCCCUUUAAACUCUGACAUUCUGUACUUCCCAGGGUGGGAAAGUUUAUAAGGAGAGAAGUUCAUGUUGCUUUAAUUCAGGCAUAGGCAAGCUCCGGUCCUCCAGAUGUUUGGGACUACAAUUCCCAUCAUCCCUAGCUAACAGGACCAGUGGUCAGGGAUGAUGGGAAUUGUAGUCCCAAACAUCUGGAGGACCAGAGUUUGCCUAUGCCUUUAAUUAGUAGCACUGUGGGUUUGUUGUGGUUUUUUUUAAAAAAGGCAUGAUAGGUUGUUGGCUCUUGUUAAACAUGAAGUAAUGUAGUUCGUUUUAUUUUAUUUUUGUUAAUAUUUUUAAGUUUUACAAUGUACCAGCAACAAAAGUUCCAAAUAAUAACAUUACAACAGGUUGAAAACUGCAUAAGGCUGCAUGUCAUCUCUGUGCUUGUUAUUCCAAGCAUCUAGAAGAACUCCUAUUUCUCCAUCAAUUUAUCGGGUUGAGUUUGUAACUGCCUUUAGUCAGUUAGUUUAAUCAUCGUCACAAUAGACCAGAUAUUUUCAAUCCAUUCAAAAACAGGAAGAGUUGAGCGCCUCUUUUUCUAUUUUUUCCACAGUCACUACCUUUGCAGCAGCAACAUAAUUGGGAUGGUUCCUUACAUAAUUACCCUCGUCUGAUUUUUUUAAUCCAAUUUUUUCCUGGAAGUGGAACCAACUGCCUUUUUUUUCCUCCCUCCCCCUUCCUUAAUCAGAAUUUUAUUUUGAGACAAAGUUAAAAAUACAAGCAAGGAAAGGAACUUGCGGUGGAACAAGAUCAGUUAAGAAAAAAACAAACUUACUGAUAAUCAUCAAUCCUUUGAUUAUUAUGCACGUUGAACAACUAGCUCACUGACUAUGCUAUAUGUAGAAUGUACAUUGUAGCCAGACACUUGUAUUUGGCUGGAAUUUGAUCACACUUUUGAAUGGCUUCCACAUAGGAAAUAAAUGAACACCCCCAUGCCACAAUACAUAAUGAGGAUUCCUUGAUUGCUGCACUUGCGGAUUAUGUACAUAACUGUACAGCUGGGGCUUGAGGGGAGCCUCCAGAGCAGGUCUGGGGGCUCGUAGACAGAGGAAACUGAAGUCCUGUUACACCAGCAAAGCCGCUCUGGCGCAACACUGGAUACAAACAGGGCCGUCUUUACCAGAGGGUGCAAGGGGAGUGGGGCACCCAGGCGCUGAAUUCUGGGGGCGCCAGCCACAAGCAGCUGAAGCUCUUAACAAUCUACCUGUUAUGAAAUAAUAAAUAAUUUCGAUCAAGCUAGGAAAACAAAAUACAUAUAUACCUAGGUAUUACCAAAAUGUAUACCUACUGUUUCACUAAAGGACUUUCAACUUUGUGCGUUCAUUUACCAAAGAUGCGCCGCACCAGCGGCGGCGCUUGUCAUUCGCAAUGGCGGCGCUUGUCAUUCACAACUGUGCCAUGCAUACGAAAUUAACUCUUACAUCAAAAUAUUAUGUUACGUAUCGUGUUGAGCUGCUAUGCGGCAGCAGGGUCAAUGGCACCUUUGACACGACUGAUGUUACUCCUAAGUAGGUGCAUAAACAAUACUUACAAGUUUAAGUGUGGUGGUGUUGUGUAUAAAUAAAUGAGCAAAUAAAAAAGUUUGUUUCUUUUUCCUCCCUUCUUUUGUAAACAAGAGAUAAGGCAUAAGCGUGGUGUCUGACAUAAGCAUAAUAAAAGUUAAUUUGGAGGCGCUGGGCGGAUCUUUGCACCCUGGCAGCACAUAUGCUAAAGACAGCGCUGAAUACAAACCAUUAUGAUUGCUUUGGAGACUUCCAAUUACAUACUACACACAACUUUGUCACUAUAUACAAUUGCUGAAGAAGAUAAUUCUGCAGAAUGAAAGAUCUUUACAUUUCAAAUCCAUUUUCCCCCCUGACAUUUGUACGGAGUGCUGCUAUCUGUAUCUGUCUUCUCUCUCUCCCUUGUCUAGUUUACAUGCAUGUGCACAGUGGAAAAGACACCACAACCCUCUGCAAAAAAGUGUUUUGAUAUGCUUGUUAUUUGUGAUUGCACCUUUUGAUUCUUUUUGUGUGGUGUUCUAAUGUAGAGGAAUGAAAGCAAGCAACAAGUAACAAUCCAAGCUUGCUUCUGAUUUCUUUUUGGAAGAGUUAAAACAAACAAACAGCAAUGCAAUUGUGCACUUUGCCAAGGCAGGGGUGUCAGAGAAGCUACAAAUGAACCAAAGAAAUGGAAAACUAGGACAAACUGCACAUGCUCCAGUUCUGAAAUCUAGACUGGAACCAAUUUUAGAGAUUAUACAGGUUUCACCAGAACAGAGUGAGGUUAUAGGUCACUAGAGGAGACAACUAGCUCAUCCCUAACCAGGGCCAUUAGACCCCAGCUCCUUUCUCACUGCACCAAUAUGGUAACUUGGCAGAAGAGGGAUCUUCUGGCCUACUCUCUGCAAUGCAUUGUGCCAGUACUGCAGAGGGCCAGAAAAGAGAUCAAAUGACACAACGGAGCCAAUAGCAUUUUACAUGGCUCUACAAUGAGUCUGGCUCCUGCUCAGUCAGAGCAACUUGACUUUCCAACAAAAGCCAAGUUGCCGUUCUCCCAGCUUCUCUGUCUCUUAGCUGCCCUGCUCAACAGUGUGUUGCAUUACCAGUUUGUUGGCUCCCCAUUCUGUCAACAAGUCAACUCACCUUUCUUCUAGACUCCUCUGGCUGCCUUGCUUCACCUCCUCUCACCCGCCUGCUCUGACAGGUAGCUUUCAGAAAUGCUCCCCACUAUCUAACCUAUGGACGAGAGCAAUUCAAAAACAAAACCAGGUUGUCUCGGUUGGAGAAACGCUCCCUUUAAGAUGUUCUUUUCCUGCCCAAGAAAGGUUCAGAAUGGUGUAACUACAGGAUAUGUCCAUAGCCGUACAAGACUCAACGACGAUUCCUAUCAUCAUUGGCAAUAAUGGGAAGCUUGUAUUGUGCCAUUCAAGUAUUUUGUAUUGUCAUUAGACUUUUCGUGGCCCUAGCGUUAAGGUCAGCAUCCAGCAGUUCCAAUGAGAGCUGUCAAGGGCAACAUCAUGUUCUGAACACUGUAACCUUUUAAAAGACCCGAUAUUUGGAUUGGCUGGACCUUCAGCUUUGAUUGGGUCCUUUGACUGGCAUUUUAAAAGGAGUGCAAAGCAAUCAUAUUACUCAGUAAUUUUAAAAGGUCAGAAUAACAGGCCAUGCUUCUUUCUUUUGGAAGAGCAAUCUGUGAGAUUGCUCAGUGUACUUCAUGCUUAAACUGGGGACUGAGCACAAUGGUACAGAGAAGGCUUUGUUUGCACAAUGACCAAAGUGCAAUUUAUAUGCUUCCUAGUUGUGUUAGAAUGCAAUGAACACAUUUCUUAUCUGUAACCAAUAUGGCCCACUUUUGAAAACUUGUAAAAUAGAGGUUCAGUUUUCCUUUUACUGGCAUAUGCUUGAUCAGACAUCUUAAGCAACUGAAUUAGCUCAAACAAAUUUCAAUCAAGAGGUGGGUUGUUUUUUUAUAAAAAGCCUAUUUCACUUGCGGAGAAAAAGAAGCAAUCUGUCGCCCUGUGGAUAUCAUAGUCACAUUACGGUGUUUUUAUCUCGUUCACAUUCUGAAAAGGCUGAUCUGCCUCUUAGAGUGUGUGCAGGAAAUGGGAGGAUCUUUUAGAAAAUGCAUUUCUACCCAUUGAUUAUUACAGACAAUCUGAGCACUCAUGUGUUCCCUACUUAUGAAGCUUUCCCUGCUAAGUGAUGUCAGCUUUGUCAUUGAGUCUGUGCAUCCAACUGAGAAUUGCAGUUCCUGAACUAGUGCCUGGAGAGCAGAAUCGAGUACACUGGGUAGACAUUCCUCAUCUGUAGGGAUGCCCACAAAAGUUAAAGGUAAAGGUAAAGGGACCCCUGACCAUUAGGUCCAGUUGUGACCGACUCUGGGGUUGCGGCGCUCAUCUCGCUUUACUGGCCGAGGGAGCCGGCGUACAGCUUCCGGGUCAUGUGGCCAGCAUGAAACGCCAUUUACCUUCCCGCCGGAGCGGUACCUAUUUAUCUACUUGCACUUGGAUGUGCUUUUGAACUGCUAGGUUGGCAGGAGCAGGGACCGAGCAACGGGAGCUCACCCCGUCACUAGGAUUUGAACCGCCGACCUUCUGAUCAACAAGUCCUAGGCUCUGUGGUUUAACCCACAGCGCCACCCGCGUCCACGAAAGUUAUUGGCGCCACGAAAGUUAUUAGCUGCAAAAAAAAAAAAAACAACCCAACACCAACCUGCUAUGAGCUGACAGCAGAGGGAUGAAGAGUGCUGCCCCUUCUUCAGUAGCCUGCUGAAUGCAGAUAUUUUCAUUUCUUCUGGCAGCCUACAUGGUUCUGUUUAGGGCACAAAGGAGGGAGAGAUUGCUCCAUUCCUCCUUUGCCAGCCCACUCACUCAACUGCACAGGAUCCCAUUCGCUUGGCUUUGGCUACCAGGAUUAAAUACAAGGCUGCAUUUGGAUCAUUUUGGAUCCUUUGUAAAAAAAAUUCUCAGGCAUAAAAGUGUACCAGUCCAUUUGGUUCCUUUUCUUUUCUUUUCUUUGAAAAAUACAAUCUUCAGAUCUUAAACCACAGCCUUCAUGCUCAUCUAACUGCAGGCAAUAAGUACCACUUUGGCCCAGGUGCCAAAUCAUGGCUUGGUGCAAAUAAGCAAACAUGCAGCUUCCCAGAGCAAAAUUCACAGCCACAGCACUCCUCCCGAGUCUGAUUGCUGCCACACUAUGCUGUAAAAGACCCUGGACCAGAGUUCUUGUUGUUUAGUCGUUUAAUCGUGUCCGACUCUUCGUGACCCCAUGGACCAGAGCACGCCAGGCAGGGGUGCCUGGUGUGCUCUGGACCAGAGUACCUAUCUGCAUGUACACAAAUGUUUAAAGAUGAGUGUUCAUGCAUAUGUUAAGAGGAUUAUAAAUUGAGCAGUUAGUGUGCAUAUCAGCCAGCCAUUGUAAACAUUCACCGGACUUCAUAGAGAAUCCUUCCAAGACAUGGGUAGGCAACCUAAGGCCUGGGGGCCAGAUCCGGCCCAAUCACCUUCUAAAUCCAGCCCGCAGACAGUCCGGGAAUCAGCGUGUUUUUACAUGAGUAGAAUGUGUCCUUUUAUUUAAAAUGGGUCUCUAGGUUAUUUGUGGAGUCUGCCUGAUGUUUUUACAUGAGUAGAAUGUGUGCUUUUAUUUGUGAGGCAUAGGAAUUUGUGGGGUUAUUUAUGGGGCAUAGGAAUUCGUUCAUAUAUUUUUUCAAAAUAGUUCAACACCCCACAAGGUCUGAGGGACAGUGGACUGGUCCCCUGCUGAAAAAGUUUGCUGACCCCUGUUCCAAGAGGCCAGGUGAAUUAUGCACAAUGGCUGGUUGUUACGCACAUGAACUGCCCAUCUUAUGUCUCCCUUGACAUAUAUAUUGUUCAAGUUUGUUAAAGGAAGAACAACCGUGAACAAAUUAAGCCCAUUUGCCUCAUAGAGAGCCAGUGUGGUGUAGCGGUUAAGAGCGGUAGUCUCGUAAUCUGGGGAACCGGGUUUGAGUCUCCGCUCCUCCACAUGCAGCUGCUGGGUGACCUUGGGCCAGUCACACUUCUUUGAAGUCUCUCAGCCCCACUCACCUCACAGAGUGUUUGUUGUGGGGGAGGAAGGGAAAGGAGAAUGUUAGCCGCUUUGAGACUCCUUAAAGGGAGUGAAAGGCGGAAUAUCAAAUCCAAACUCUUCUUCUUCUUCUUCAUAGAGUAAGGGACUCCUGUAAGUUGCUUCAGGAAAUGGAGUCUGAGGUCUAUCAUAGAAUCAUAGAGUUGGAAGAGACCACAAGGGCCAUCGAGUCCAACGCCCUGCCAAGCAGGAAACACCAUCAGAGCACUCCUGACAUAUGGUUGUUUCCUUCUAUAGUUCUUUCCUUUUGCCCAUAUCGAAACCACUAUUGAAACGAAGCCCAACAAUGUACAUAGUCAUGUCACUGUGUUCAUAAAUUAAGAUCUCUGGAACAGAAAGAGGAUUUAAUGUCCCAUUUGUGAAGGUCUGUGUGAGUUUAUGGUUCUGUGUCUAACAAAACACUCCCUCGAUUCAUCCUUUCCGAGCGGAUAUCAUUUCAAGAUUUCUGGGCAUCAACAAAAAGUGGAAUUUUCCUCAUGAGUAUACCAUUAUAUAAGAGAACUGCAAAGGGGGCUCUAGUUACUCUAAUGCAUUUAUGGUAAUAACAUUUCCGCAUGUAAUUUAAAAAUGCAAUUUACAUCUAUUUAAAUUAGCUAUAUGUAAAACAUGCCUUUUGACAUUGCCUGUGGAUUUUUACCCCACCUCAUCACCGGAAUUAAUAUUUCCGAGGUGAUAUCCCCCCUGCAUAAAAAAAUUCAUUAAAUUGAAAUGGUUGAUACAAUUAAUUUAAAUGUACUUUUGUCAAAACACUGGAACCACUAUCGUCAUUAUUAUGCAACAUGGUACAGUACUAACAAAAACACCUCAAGGGAUAAACCUAUUCACUGAGCUGAAGACUGAUUUUACGAUAUCAGCUCAUUUCUCUCAACAUCAUGAGGGCAUUUCUCAACCAUCAUAGGCAAAGCUUUCUUAUUAGAACCACUUUAGUAAUGUAUCAUGAAAUGUAGCGAUUCUCUUUAUUCCAAAUGAGCAAAUGCCAAAACCCAGUGCAGGCAGGCAGGCAAUGAUUUCUGCUGGAGUCAGUGGAACCAAGUCAUGUCCUAUCCAGAUUAUCCUUUUUUGUGAGCUUGCUUGCUCAGUGGUUGCCGUAAACCAAGAUUCACUUCGAGUAAAAUCAUUGAAAUUAAUAGACCUAAGGUAAAGGGUAAAGGGACCCCUGACCAUUAGGUCCAGUCACGGACGACUCUGGGGUUGCGGCGUUCAUCUCACUUUAUUGGCCAAGGGAGCCGGCGUACAGUUUCCAGGUCAUGUGGCCAGCAUGACUAAGCCGCUUCUGGUGAACCAGAGCAGCGCACGGAAAUGCCGUUUACCUUCCCGCCGGAGCGGUACCUAUUUAUCUAUUUGCUCUUUGACGUGCUUUCAAACUGCUAGGUUGGCAGGAGCAAGGACCAAGCAACUGGAGCUCACCCCGUCGCAGGGAUUCGAACCACUGACCUUCUGAUCACCAAGCCCUAGGCUCUGUGAUUUAACCCACAACGCCACCCGCAUCCCUAGACCUAAGUUAGUUGUGUUCAUUAAUUUCAAUGGGUCUCAUCUGAGGAGGACUGGCAUUGGAUACAACCCCAAUAUUAUUGUUCGCUUAGGACCCACCUACCAUUUUUAUACUUCCGUGUUAUCUUUCCAUUCUUCUGCAUUUGCCUCCUACUCAGAUGAACUGGCCAGUCCAUUUUUGUUGUUGCAGAUUUAGAAGCUGAGACCUUUUCUUAAUGGAUUGGAGAAGGGGUGUAUGUGUUUCCAAAUCACCUUUCAAAACCAGGUGAUAGGCAAAAUGAUUGAUGGAACUCGUUUAACGCAAGGUUAAAGUAUUGACCAAAGUAGUACAGUGGGCUAAGGAAACAGUUUCGGAAUCAGUUUGGGGUCUGGGGAGGCCUGUACUUAACAGAAAUCUAGAAGAAACAAACUAUCUGUGGGUGAAGAAUCCAAAUGUUUUAGCAUAAAGGUCAAGCCACACACUUGGGUGUAAUCAAAAGCCUUUCCUCUGGGAAACUGCUUUGUGAGGAGUUUUAGAGGAAUAAUCAUUUUAUUGAUACAUGUCUUGAUUGGCCAAAUGGCAGGUAUAGCCAGUUUUGUACAUGGUUAAAAUAUUGGCAAAAGAAUCAGUCAGGUAGGAGGGGUUGUUUAUCAACACACCAGCCUAGAUUCAGGGGUCUUCAUGUGGACAAGGAUGUCACCUUUGACAGUGUUGAACACUUAUUGAAGUGCCCAGGAUGCUCUUAGUGGAUGAGGCAGUUCUGUGCAGAUCAACCAAUCGCCUCUUCUAAAUAGAAAAAUCAAAUCAAUUCACUAGCUUUCUCACACACCACAAUGAUAAUAGUGAAAUGCAUGUAUAUAGCUAAGCGUUCUGUCAUUAUUUGGACUAAAUGGAUGUAUGUUUCUGAUCAAACUAGCUUUAAAAAUAAUAUUCCUGUUCUUCUUAUUCUAUACUGGGAAAGGUUUGAUUUAAAAGAAAAUGGUUUCUCUUUAAGAACAUUAUUUAAGAACAUACAAUUUAUCCAAAGCUUUAAAGCCAUUCAUCUCGGGGCUUCUAAACCUCUCGUGGGACACUAAUUUUGAUACUACGAUCAAUAGGAAUUUCAGGCAUAGAUUUGAUAAGAAGCAUAAAAGAAUUUUAUUAAAGAACUUAGAGGACGUAACAUUUUUAGACUUCCCUAAUGCACACUUCACUGCUUUUUUCGCAGGAGCUGAAAGAAAAGAUGGAUGAGCUCCUGCCACUGAUACCAGUCCUGGAACAGUACAAAACUGAUGCUAAGUUAAUCACCCAGUUCAAAGAGGAAAUUAGAAAUCUGUCUUCAGUCCUCACCGGGAUCCAGGAGGAAAUUGGUGCCUAUGAUUAUGAGGAACUCCACCAGCGAGUGCUCAGUUUGGAAACCAGGCUUCGAGACUGCAUGAAAAAGCUUAGUAAGUUCACAAUUUCAUGGCCCAUUUUGUCCCGCUGCAUGUGGGUUUGAAUGCGGUUUCAAGCCAUCUGGAAUUGCAGAGUUGUAAUCUGACACAUCGGGUGAGGGGCACAGGUUGGCAUUCUGCCGCACACUCCUGUGGCAAUAGAUGAACAUGGCCUCUGAUCACAGUGCUUUCCCACAGGCUAGGAGUGGGAAGGGCAUGGAGCUCAGCUCGGGAAAAGCAAUAGUCUUAUAGUCCAAUUUCCUUUGCUUUGUAGCUUAUCUUUGGCAUUUUUAUUUUUCGUUUACUUUCUAAGAGGGAAUCAGAUGCUAAAAUGUACUUUGACUCAAUAGAUCCCCUUGCAAAAUCCAAGGGUCUCGGCUCUUCCUCUUUCAGCCAAAGACAAUUUUUCAUGUAAAUAUACGUACUCGGAACACCACCUGCUUGGUGGGUAAGCACAAUUUCAAAUAGUAAUGGCCCAUCUAUACACCUCUGUUUUAUUGCAUGUGCAUGCAGCAAAAUCCCACUGACACAUUAAUUAUGCAUUUGAAAUACUUUAUUGUCACUUGUACAACUUGUAUACAGUGAGAUUACACGAACACCCCCCACUCAGCUCUCUUAGUCUUAAUUCCCCUCGUUUACUGACGCACACCCACCAAACCUAAAAGUCAGUUGCCCUGUUGUUAUCUUUUGAUUCAGCAGCCUAACAGCCCACGAAUAGAAGCUGUUCUUUACCCUGUUGGUGUUUCUAUAUCUUCUGCCUGAGGGCAGGAGAUCAAGAAAGUGCUGGCCAGGGUGUGAAUCAUCCCUGAGAAUUUUCCUCACUCUCCUGAGGCAACGUUCUUCCGCUAUUUCAUCCAGUGGAUUCACGGGACAGCCCAUAAUAUCUUGUGCUGUAUUCACCACCCUCUGUAGGCACUUCCUAUCCGUUGAUGUCAAACCAGCAUACCACACCAUGAUGCGGUAUGAAAGGAUACUUUCUACUGUGGAAGGAGAUAAUCAAAUGUUGAUUGACAUUGUUCUUUCGCAAUACUCUGAGGAGAUGGAGUAGAAUUGUAGAGCUGAAUUAAUGUAGAGUUGGGAGGGACCACGAGGGUCAUCUAGUCCAACCCCCGGCAAUGCUGGAAUCUUUUGCCCAACAUGGGGCUCAAACCCAUAACCCUGAGAUUAAGAGUCUCAUGCUCUACCGCUAUGCAAUGCUCUCUUUAGAAGUGGGAAUAUACAGGACUGCUCACGUAUCAGUCCACUCUAUCAGCUGUUCCUCAAUACUUCCCCUUUGUUCCCAUCAGCUCUAGUCCCACAUUUUAUCCCCCAAGUGCAAAUUAUUUGCUCUCUGAUGCCAAGCCUUCAUACAUUUUUACAUUUUCGGUUUUUGUGUCCAGAUUGCUGUGGGAAACCAUUGCUCGUUUACACACACAAAUGCACUGGAAAAGGUAGUUCAUCCAUCUUCAAUUCCAACACAGUAAGACUUCUGUGCCCGUUAAAUGAUUUAGCUUCUUAGGAGGUGAAAGCUGAAUGCUGAAGUGUGGGACACAGCAGUUCCACUUAUAGGCGCAUCUUUUAAUGUCUGAACCUUCAUCAAAAUGGCUUAAAUCCAGGUAUUUCUAGAUUCCGAUUUGUGGCUUAGUUUCUGUUUCCUUCACUUUCAUUUACAGUGGUACCUUGCUUUACAACCAUAAUCCGUUCCGGAGGUCCGUUCGUAAACCAAAACAGGUUGUAACCCAAGGCACGCUUUCGCCAAAAAAAAAAUUGUAAUCCAAAAAGAAAUGGGUUCUAAUCCAAAAAAAGUUCACAAACCGGGACACGCACUUCCGGGUUUGACGUGUUUGUAAUCCAAAACAUAUGCAAACCAGACUGUUUGCAAACCAAGGUACCACUGUAUUUAAGGAAUCGAUAUGCCAAAUUUCCACGAUGUAACACUACGACACCCUUAUCUACUAGGGUAGUUCUGUUAAAUGCAACAGGAUUGCUUCUGAAAAUAGGCUGGAAGUUAUGGCUCUAACCCCAAACACAUUUUUCUUGUAAAUCUCACUGAUUCCUGUGGAACUUAAUUGCAAGUAAGCAUCGUCUUGGGACUGCUGCCUGAGCAGUCUCCAUGUCUGCCACUUCUCUUAUGUAAAGGCUCACCCCUUAUUUCAGCCUGGCUGGGGCUGGUAGGAGUUAUAGCCCCAAACAAGGAUUGGUGAAGUCUGCCUUGUUUCCUAAAAGGGGGCCUCUCUCCCAUUCAUGCAAGCACUCCAUUGCAUCAUAUUGAUCAGUCCUAUCCAAGAUAAAAGGCAGCAUGAAUUUUAAAGUUCGGUGAACUUAGUAAGUUAAUGAAAGGGGGGAAGGAAGAUCACUUGAACUAACUUCACAAGAACUGCAAGUGCAUAAGAAUUAACUUACAAAGUUUCUGAAGAAGAACAUUCACCCUUCAUUUCUGUCAACCGUGCAUCUUUAGAAAGAGCCCAAUUAGCUGAAAGAAAAUAAUUAGUUAAAGAUGGGGAAUAGCAGGAUUAUCCACAUCACUGUCUUCUAGAUUGUGUCACUCUCCUACCAAGUGGAAUCUGCUGCGGUAAACUGCGUAGUAACUGAAAAACUGUAUAGAUAUUUCUCAAUAUCAUGAAUCCUAGAGGAUCCUGGAGGCAAAUGAACUGAGUCUGAGGUAAAAGAUGAUCUCUAGAUUGAGUUAUCCUUUCAAUAAUUCAUUCUCAGAGUCUUCCUUUGAAACUGGUAAUAACACAGUGAAAGAGAGAAAGCAAAAAACAACAACACAUGAACAGAAAGGAAUUGUCUAGUGGAAAUCUAACCAGCAUGCAAGUGAUCAGAGUGCUAGACUAAGGACUGAUCAAAUCCUGACUCAGCCAGGAAGCUCACUGGAGGUACCACUGUAGUCAUAAGUAAUACCUCUUUAGGGCUUCUGCUCCAUUUUGGUGUUUGCCUAAAUGCAUGAAGUGGGAAGAGGACAGGUGUGAAUAUGCAAGCCUCACUUCCAACACCGAAUACGCCAGCUCCACUUCAGACUUGUCUGCAUCAACAGGGAAGGCCUGAAGCAGAGUUGGUCGAUUGUGUUUGAGUAAGGUAAAGGGACCCCUGACCAUUAGGUCCAGUCGUGGCCAACUCUGGGGUUGCGGCGCUCAUCUCGCUUUAUUGGCCGAGGGAGCCGGCGUUUGUCCACAGACAGCUUCCGGGUCAUGUGGCCAGCAUGACUAAGCCGCUUGUGGCGAACCAGAGCAGCACACGGAAACCCCCGUUUACCUUCCCGCCGGAGCGGUACCCAUUUAUGUAGUUGCACUUUGACGUGCUUUCGAACUGCUAGGUUGGCAGGAGCAGGGACCGAACAAUGGGAGCUCACCCCGUCACGGGGAUUCGAACCGCCAACCUUCUGAUCGGCAAGUCCUAGGCUCUGUGGUUUAACCCACAGCGCCACCCACGUGUAAAUGCACAUAAAAACCUCAUCAUGAAUGGGGACUCCAUCAGAACAGGAAGAUAUGAAGUGCAGCUAGUACUUGAAUGCUUGCUCCUGCCCCAUUUUUAAACUCAGCACCAAAUGCAAACCCCCCCAGUAUCAGCUGCAUUUAGGAUCUCCCAGUCAGACCUAGCAUGUUCUUACAGUGUUCUCGAGCGCCAUCCAUCCCUGGCACAAGGGGGUAUUGCUUUCGGCACUGAAUUCAGCAUCAAAAGCAAGCUCCGCUUUUGCCAAGGGAAGCAGCACAACCAUACAGCUGCUUUUUCCUUUGAAGUGUAAUCACCUGACAUCAUAUUACGUCAGGUGAGCCCCACCCCACCUGUCAAAUACGCCCACAGAGGGUGGACCAGCUUUUUCUCUGCUGCAAGAUGUGGGGCUCAGCUCUUGUUUCCAAUUAAAGUCUGACCAUCUCUGCUCUUGUAGAAAAUGUACCGGGCAGAUGGCUUUUACAGCCCACACUGCUCUUCCUCAAAACUAUAGCUGCACAUCCCGAAUUAUGUCCCUAAUAGACACAGGCAGCAAAGGCAUUUGUCUUCCUGACAGUCCUUUGCUACCAAAACAUUGGUAUGAGUCGCAUAUUAGUGAUGUUAAAGGAGUCCCUUUCAGCUAGCAGGAGAGUCAGAAGAAAGCCGACCUGUUACUAAUGCAUUCAGAAUUGCUAAUAUUUGCCGUUCAUUUCAGAGGUGACAGAAGGGCAUAGCAGGGGAGGAUUCCUUCAUUUCCUCUACUGCCUUCACCCCUGCUAGCAUGGCAGCCUUGUGCAGCUUUUAAAAAUGAUCUCUUUCUAUCUGUUUCCCAGAGGAAUUGUGUUAGCAACAGCAACAGUAGUAUUACUUUACAACUAAAUAUCUCUCUAGAAGUACCUCAGCAGAGGUACCUCAGCAACAUUCACUCUGGUGGGACCCUUCCUCUUUCAGUGAGACUUGGGCUUACCUGCCUGUGGUGGCCAUCCUUGAAAUUCCCCGCAAAGCCCUAAAGUGAAGCUCAGUCAGGGAUAUUGUGGGAAAUUAACGGCAUGGCUAGAUCCAGCCCCCAGGUGCUGCUCAGAGUUCAAAGCUUGGGGGAAAGUUAAGAGGGCCUAGGGCAGGUACAGUGGUACCUUGGUUCUCAAACGCCUUGGUACUCAAAGAACUUGGAACCCAAACCCGGAAGUAAGUAUUCUGGUUUGCAAAUGUUUUUCAGAAGCCGAACGUGCUCUGUUUUGAGUGUUACGCUGAGGUCUGUCUGUUCUUUUGCUAUUUAUUUUGUGGUUUUGUUUUUGCGGCUCUUUUUGUUUUGUUUUUGUGACUGUGUGGAACCCAGUUCAGCUACUGAUUGAUUGUGUGUGUGACUGCAGUACAUUGUUUAUUGUUUUCAUUUUAUGGAUCGGUGGUCUCGUUAGAGAGUAAAAUUCAUGUUUAAUUGCUGUUUUAGGAGUUGUUUUUAAAAGUCUGGAACGGAUUCUCCAUUUUGCAUUACUUUCUAUGGGAAAUCACACCUUGGUUUUGGAAUGCUUUGGUUUUGGAACGGACUUCCAGAACGGAUUAAGUUUGAGAACCAAUGUACCACUGUAUUAAAUAUCUUCAAAUAUUCCAAGGGCUGUCGCAUGGAAGAGGGUACAAGCUUGUUUUCUCCUGCUCUGGAGGGUUGGAUUUGAACCAGUGUUACAAGAAAGGAGAUUCUGACUAAACAUUAGGGGGCGGGAAUUCUGACUGUAGCAGCUGUUUGACAGUGGAACAGUCUCCCUUGGGAGGUUGUAGUCUCUCCUUCCUUGUAGGUUUUUAAGCAGAGGUUGGGUGGUCAUCUGUCAUGGAUGCUUUAGUCGAGAUUCCUGCAUUACAGGGGGUUGGACUAGAUGACCCCUGGGGUCCCUUCCAACUCUUAUUAGUAGUGGGACCCACGAUAGUGCUGGUGCCCUGGCAUCUGCCCAUGUAUGCCAGAUGCCAAUGAGUUCAUGGCUGAGGUACAAUUUCAAGCCCCAAUAAUUCACAGCUCAUGUUUGACCACUCUGGUAUAAUGCCUUUCAGAAAGGUUCCACACACAGAACAGUUUGAAGACUGGGUUCCUUUUCCACAGAGGAAUCAUUUGCACUGUGCGGCUUGUUUUUAAGUACGUCUCAUUCUAAAAAGCCAUUUUAGAACUGGCACUUGUGGAGAAAUUAAUAAAACAGCUAAAGGCAACGGAGAACAACACAGGUUCCAAGGAUUUUGUUGAACGACAACACUAGUUGGUUCAGUUUAUUUGAAACAGUGAAAGAAUCAAGGUCCUACCAGUACCACAUGGGCAAUUAUGAGUGGCUUGGCUAAGAUAACUAUAGGAGUAUAUGGAUGUUACACUCUGUGAACAUCCAUACAAACACACUUGUACUUGUUGUUGUUGUUUAGUUGUUUAGUCAUGUCCGACUCUUCGUGACCCCAUGGACCAGAGCACGCCAGGCACUCCUGUCUUCCACUGCCUCCCGCAGUUUGGUCAGACUCAUGUUUGUAGCUUCGAGAACGCUGUCCAACCAUCUCGCCCUCUGUCGUCCCCUUCUCCUUGUGCCCUCCAUCUUUCCCAACAUCAGGCUCUUUUCCAGGGAGUCUUCUCUUCUCAUGAGGUGGCCAAAGUAUUGGAGCCUCAGCUUCAGGAUCUGUCCUUCCAGUGAGCACUCAGGGCUGAUUUCCUUAAGGAUGGAUAGGUUUGAUCUUCUUACAGUCCAUGGAACUCUCAAGAGUCUCCUCCAGCACCAUAAUUCAAAAGCAUCAAUUCUUCGGCGAUCACCCUUCUUUAUGGUCCAGCUCUCACUUCCAUCACAUCACUACUGGGAAAACCAUAGCUUUAACUAUACGGACCUUUAAUUUGUACUUACCUUGGUGCAAAUAGUAAGAGAUCUAGACAGUCAGGGACAGGGGAAGAAUUUUGUGCACAUUAUUACUCUGCUAUAAACUGGAGAUGGGGAUUACUAGGGUUUCUCUGUAAGAAGUGCUUCACUUAGUUUUAAUUUCCCCUUAAGUCACAUUGAUCAGCUUCUUGGUGAAUGCAAUAGUGAGCGAAGAAGACAUUUGACGUGGAAUACUGGGUGGGUUGACUCUUGAGGAAGAAGUCAAUCAUUGGGGAGGAUUUCAGCAAGAAUCAAAUGGGACCCUGCAUUUCCUCCGUUGCUUUCCUGCCCUAAACUUACAGUUCCUGCCUGAUCCAUCCAUCAGUGCCGAUCCAUCCCUUGAUACGUCCCCAAGGUCAAGUAUUUUGUGGGUAAGUCACUGGGUGUUCUUCUCCAAGUCAUUUUCUCUCCCAGCAGUUUCCAGUGUGGGCCUUAAGCGGCUCAAAAUAGUACAGGCUGAUCCAUCAUUCUCUCCACUCACAAAGAGACGUGCUUCAGGGCCUACCUUGUCAUCCUGAGCCGUUCCCUGCAUGCAAAUGCGGGGUCCGCAGCUGCCGAAACUCAGAGUGCUGUGAAGGCUCAUUAAUCAAGCUCACUUUCUUUUCUGCGAUUCCCCCCCUUGAUUAUCAACCAAAGCAGUUGGGAAGAAUUGGCUCCUGACAAAGUUUUUUUUUUAAAAAAAGGAGUUGAUUCUUUUCAAAGCCUUUGUUGUGGGAGAAGCAUCGUAGCCACAUCAGAAGAUGGUUUCGCGGGGAUUUUGGUGCUUGUGUCUCUGUGUAACUGGAAGUGCAGUGUAUUUAAAUGAAAUAAAUAAAAUUUGAAACCAUUUCAUGCAGGCCAGGGGCCUGGGUACCCACCAAAAAAUUGUGGUGGGUGCUGAGUCCCUGCACCAUGGGGCCUUGGACAUGACUUCCAGGGCUCCCAGGCACCACUACAGCAUGCGCAAUGUGUUUCAGCAAAUGCCCGCCUGACUACCCUCCUACUUGCAACAAGUCCAGGGGGUGGUCUGCCUGUCAGCUUCCUCCUUCCUCCUUCUUUCUUCUUCUUCUUCUUCUUCUUCUUCUUCUUCUUCUUCUUCUUUUGAGUUUGACAAAGAGUGUUUUGUUUUGUUUUUUCAAACCACCACAUUUAUCUUAAACUGCAUGCUUUGCAAAUGCAAGUUGACAAACAGGAUUUCCAGGCCUAUAGUCCUCCUGCUUUUUUUUUCUUCCCCUGUUUUAGAAAUUGGUUUUCACAUAUUACUUUACAAUACAUAUGUACCGAAGCCAACACCAUUUCCUCCCCACCCUCCCCCAUACAUUUACAUUUCUAUUUCCUCAAUCUAUCAUAUUAUUCUUUUCUCCUUCCUUCCACUUCCCUCCGCCCCCACUCGAUUUCCUCCACAUUAUACAAUUUACAAUAAUCUUUGCAUUCUACAACCUUCUCAAAUCAUCUAUAUAUUCUUAUUAUCUUUCCUUACUAAGAAGCUUCCUCCUUCUUAUUCUCAGUGUUGCACCUUGUAAAACUCAGCCAGGAGGAGGAAGGAGGUAGAAUUAGAAUGAGUUGGUGCUGCCUCUUAUUGGCUCUAGCUCCACCUACUGUUGGCCUCCCUGCCUUCCAUCCUACCACUGGCAAGAUCAAAGCUGCAAUUAAAAUAAUAUAUGUGGUUGAAUAUUAUCUUGCUAUUUCAUAUUCUACUGAUUUUUUUUUAAAAAAAAUUCACUUUUCAAUGAACUAUUAUUCCAAACAGCCUUCUUUAAACCUCACAUAGUACGCCAAUUUUGGUUAGAAACGCUACAGUCAAAAUUUGCUCAGUCCAGGAGGAUAUUAAAGAAGUUCUUGUCGCUGCCAUCACUUAUGUAUUGCUACUUUAAGUAAACUGUUCACCUUUUAUAAGUCGCCCUGCAAGAUGCGAUCCUUCAGAUAACCCCAAAGCAAUAUCUCAGGAUUUAACAUAAUACCAUGUCUGUUCGUCUUUUUUAUUACUUCCAUAACUUCUUUCCAAAAUGGUUUGACAGGAGGGCAGAACCCAAAAUAUAUGUAUUAAAGCUCCCCAUUGGGUUUAACACCUCCAGUACUUUUCCUUCUGUAAUCCCCACCCCCCAGAGCGAGAGAGAGAGAAGAGGUACCCUCAAAAUCUCAUUUUAUGAAAGAUUUAAGAGUGGCGGAUACAGUCUUUUCGCUAUGUUCUGAUACAUCCAAGUCCUCUCUGUUGUAAAGAUUGUGAUGUUGAAAUCAAUUCCCUAUUUACAUUGAAAGUUACAUUUCCCCCCAUAUUUUGUGCACCUUUUGAUUCUCGAAAAGACCUAUAUAUCUGCGCAAGCCUACCGACUUGCUUUGCUCUGAAAUGAAGAAAAACAGGACUAUUUGAUUUAAUUUUACAAACAGCUUCCGAUUAAGUAAAAUGUUGUUAUUAUGCCAUAUAUAUUUUAACCCGACCUAAUCCAAGAAAAUAGUCAUAAAGAAACAUCUCCCAAAAGAUGGAUUGAGGGGAACAUCUAGAUAACAAGAACUCCACAAAUGGAGUGUUGUGACUGAGAAUUCCCUCUCCUCUCUCUACUGGCCUAGCUUCAGAUGGGAAGGAGAUAAAAUCCAGCUACAUCUGGACUGCCACAGAUUCCCCAUUCCUAUACUAGAUGUUUCCAGGGAGAAGGGAGAGACACACACACACAGGAUGGAUGCUCCUGCAACAUCUACUUUCAUCCAAUGUAGUUGAUUGACUUGAGUGCCUAUUCACUUUGUACAUAUUUCCAUUAUAUCCAUUUAGCCCAGCAAUGGAUUCAGUGCCUCAAGGCAGCUUAUCAAAGCACUUGCCCCAUUAUAACAGAAUGAGAAUAGGCUCGGAUGAUAUAGCGCAUUCAUUUCCAGUAACUUAAGUGUAGGAAAUGAAGUCAUAACUUGGCCGGUGCAGUCAGAACACACAGCCUGUUCUGCUUGUCUCCAAUUUGACCUACUUAGUUAUAUGCAGAUUGAACAAAGCAUUCCUAAAACUAACUUCCAUUUAAGCAUUUUCAUUCACGUGGAAGUGCAACUUGUCGUCUUGUCGUCUACAAAUCACUCAACCUUGUUCAAAUUUGCCCAACGGAAUCCUAGUCACUUUGAUGAAAAUAAGGUGCAUUUUUUACAUACUUCACCCAAAAAUAGAAAUCCAUGAAUUCUAGGGCUGUAGAUGGCUCCCUGAUCCAAGGGCUGAUCUAGCACAUAGCUGUCAAUGUUUCCCUUUUUCUAAGGGAAAUUCUCUUAUUCUGAAUAGGAUUCCUCGCAAGAAAAGGGAAAAGUUGAUAGCUAUGAUCUAGCACGUUGGAGGAAAAACCCUCUGUGAUAGCAUCUUGCAGUACCCUCAGAGGAGGACCGCACUUGUUUCUUCCCAUUUAAUAAAUAAAUACAAAACAAUAAAAAUUAAAUCUCACCCAGGAUGAUCCUGGAUCUGGCCCCUGAGAAAGGGGCCUUGCAUUGUUUCUUAACUAGGAUGUAAACCUCUAAUUAGGAUUUAGGCAUGUAAUUAGGGUAUAAACGUGUGAUCAGGAGGCAAGGGGAAGAAGAAGAUGCAUACUAUUCUCCAGCCAGUGGUCCAAAGGCCAGAACCUUAUUUCUGGGUGGAAGCAGAGUCUCUUACAAGUAGAAAAACCCAAUGAUAGCUGUACAGGCUUCCUGGGCAUGGGCCCAUGCAUUCAGGCAUGAUACCACAUACAGAUAUAUACACACAUACAGUCAUUCCUCAUGUUAUGUUUGCUUCAUGAUACGUUUCUUCAGGUUGUGUCCUAAGGUAACCCGGAAGUACCGGAAAGGGUUACUUCCGGGUUUCGCCGCUCACGCAUGCGCAGAUGCGCAAAAUGGCGUCAAGCGCAUGCACAGAAGUGGCGGGUCGCAACCCGUGCAUGCGCAGACACACCACUGCAGGUAGCGUUCCUUUCAUGUUGCAAACGGGCCUCCGGAAGAGAUCCCGUUUGCAACCAGAGGUACCACUGUACAGUGGUGCCCCGCAAGACGAAUGCCUCGCAAGACGAAAAACUCGCUAGACGAAAGGGUUUUGCAUUUUUUGAGUCGUUCCGCAAGACGAAUUUCCCUAUGGGCUUGCUUCGCAAGACGAAACGUCUUGCGAGUUCUUGUGAGUUUGUUUCCUUUUUCUUUAAGCCGCUAAUAGCCGCUAAGCCGCUAAGCCACUAAUAGCCGUGCUUCGCAAGACGAAAAAACCGCAAGACGAAGAGAUUCGUCUUGCGAGGCACCACUGUAUAUAUGUGUAUAUCAUGUAUUUGUAUCCUUUCUUUUGAGCCAUAUAGAUCAUUAGCGGUAAGGUAAAACCUCAAUACGUAAUAAAACACCAAUCAAAUAAGACAAUGCAUUAAAAAGUCACAACACAACAACAGCGAAGAACCAGCAACAUUAUAUGCUACUUUUUAAAGGUAAAGGUAACAGGACGCGGGUGGCGCUGUGGGUUAAACCACAGAGCCUAGGACUUUCCGAUCAGAAGGUCAGUGGUUCGAAUCCCUGCAACGGGGUGAGCUCUCGUUGUACAGUCCCUGCUCCUGACAAACUAGCAGUUCGAAAGCACAUCAAAGUGCAAGUAGAUAAAUAGGUACUGCUCCGGUGGGAAGGUAAACGGCUUUUCUGUGUGCUGCUCUGGUUUGCCAGAAGCGGCUUAGUCAUGCUGGCCACAUGACCCGAAAGCUGUAUGCCGGCUCCCUUGGCCAAUAAAGCGAGAUGAGCGCCGCAACCCCAGAGUGGGCCACGACUGGACCUAAUGGUCAGGGGUCCCUUUACCUUUAUCUUUAAAGGACCCCUGACAGUUAAAUCCAGUCGCAGACGGCUCUGGGGUUGUGGUGCUCAUCUCACUUUACUGGCUGAGGGAGCUGACAUUUGUCCGCAGACAGUUUUUCCGGGUCAUGUGGCCAGCAUGACUAAGCCGCUUCUGGUGAAACCAGAGCAGCAUACAGAAACGCCGUUUACCUUCCCGCUGGAGCGGUGCCUGUUUAUCUACUUGCACUUUUUGGCGUGCUUUCAAACUGCUAGGUUGUCAGGAGCAGGGACCUAGUAAUGGGAGCUCACCCCCCGUCGUGGGGAUUCGAACCGCCGACCUUCUGAUCAGCAAGCCCAAGAAGCUCAAUGGUUUAGCCUACAGCGCCACCCGCAUCCCAUAUGCUACUUUUUAAUGAACCUAAAUGUUCCCUGAAGAAGCAGUGUUUCAUUUGUUGGUUUUGUUACAUGCAUGCUGGAUAAAACAAUAAUAAAGAAUGAUAUACCACUGAAGUGCUAGUUAUUUCAAAUCCUUACACCAUGUCUUGUUUGCAUCCUUCAAAUAACCUAACUCUUCAUUUAAAGAACUUGAACAAAGUAUCCUUCUUCUUUUUUGGACGGCACCAAAAGCACUCGGGCAUCACCAGCGUUUGUUUUUUUAUUUCUCACUCGGUCUCCUUUCACAGCACUUAUAUCUGGAAGAAGAGCCCAGUCAGCCAACAUUGUGGUUUGGAAGGGAUUUUCAUAGAGUCAUUUUGGUUUCUUAUCAUUUCAGCUUGCGGCAAAUUGAUGAAGAUCACUGGCCCUAUUACAGUCAAGACAUCGGGAACCCGGUUUGGCGCUUGGAUGACGGACCCAUUAGCACCCGAGAAAAAUAACAGAGUACGUAACUUUUAUUAUUUCUUGCUGGGAGCCGGGCAGGAAUUCUACCAGUUGGUCAAUGAAAGAUGUGAAGCUGCCUUAUACUUGGAUCACAGCGUAGGUCCAUUCAGCCCAGUUGUCAGCUCUCUCCAAGGCCUCAGGCAGAAGUCUUUCUGAGCACCUACUACCUGAGAAUGUUUUGGCUGGAGAUGUUGGGGACUAAACUUAGGGUCUUCUAAAUGCAAUACAUCUGCUCUACAACUCGGCCCAGUAUACCUGAAGGAGCGUCUCCACACCUAUCAUUCUGUCCGGACGCCGAGGUCCAGUGCCAAGGGCCUUCUGGCAGUUCCCUCAUUGCGAGAAGCUAAGCUACAGGGAACCAGGCAGAGGGCCUUCUCGAUAGUGGCGCCCACACUGUGGAACGCCCUCCCAUCAAAUGUCAAAGAGAUAAACAACUACCUGACAUUUAGAAAACAUCUGAAGGUAGCCCUGUUUAGGGAAGUUUUUAAUGUGUGACAUUUUGAUGUAUUUUUAAUCUUUGUUGGAAGCCACCCAUAGUAGCUGGGGAAACCCAGCCAGAUGGGCGGGGUACAAAUAAUAUAUUAUUAUUAUUAUUAUUAUUAUUAUUAUUAUUAUUAUCUGCUUACAAGUGGAAGGACUGGAUCCUGCAGGGUGCUGCUGCCCCAUAGGAAGGAGUAGCAACCAGCAUAAUGCAGAAUCGAAUCUUUUGCUUAGGAUUCAAUCCUGUGCGGUGCUGCUUCAGGAGGCAGGAAGGAGAGAUGAGGCCAGAACGGCAUCCACUCACACCCACCCCUACCUUCUGCCGCAAAGGUGCAGCCAGCUGUUCGGUUCCACCUUUCUACGGUUUCUCCUUCCCACCUAUGCCUGCCUCUACUUCCCAUGCCCUGCCCCACGACAGCCCCGGAUCUCUCUGGCCUGCCCAGCCCUAUCCAGGGCUGUCUCAACCUGACUCAGCUAUGUGCAGAUUGCCCCCAAAUCAGCCCGGUUUAGUUUGGGAUCUAUCUGAAUGCAGUGCACAACCCUUCCCUUUUAAUAAACAUGAAAUCAGGGCAAACCACAUGGGUGGAUCAACAUGGAGACAUGACAGCCAUGUCAGUGAAGGGUCUAAUAUUACCAUGACCUACACAUCAUUCUCCUUAUUGUCCAAAGCAGUGGUUCUCGAUUUUUUUGUUUCCAGUGGAACCCUUUACUUUAAAGAAAACUUCAGCAGAACACUUACGGUAGAAUAUAUUUAAAUGAAUUAAAAGGGGGCAGAGUUGAUUAUUAGGAGAGCUCACAACAGAGGCGCAACUUUUAAACGCAGCAAGUUUGAGACCAGGGUGGAUUUGAUAUAAAUCAAUUUAAAUCAUGCUUUAAAUCACUAGUCAGUAAGACUUGAUUUAAAUCAUUUUUUUUUUUACAGAAAGACUCAUUCUUUCUGGUAUGAUCUUAAUAUUUACAACCAGGUGAAGGUUUCAUUUUUGGAAUAAUAAAUUUUCAGAGUAGUUUUUACAGUUAUAUCAACAAUUACUGCUUUGGUUAUACUAUUAGAAAUGCAAAGACAGGUAAUUAUGAAAUUAUUGUUUAUAUAUGGACAAGUUUUCUGCUCUACUUUAUUGGAAGGAGAAAAACAAUCAUUCCUUAAAAACAAUUUAAACCAUUUAUUUAACUAAAACAAUAACAUUAUAGCAUAUGUAUCCAUGUUUGUUAACUGAUGUGGUUAAACUAUAGAUAUAUAUAUAUAUACUGUAUACAUCUAUAUAAAACUUAAACUGAGUUUUAGCCCACAUGAUAAACUUAAAACAAAUCCUUAUUUCCUGAUGAAUAGCCUUUGGAAUAUAAUGUUAACUUAAAUAGAAAACUAUCUUUAGAAAGAUUUUUACUCCAAAAGCAUUUUAUUAUAAAAUCUGAUUUAAAUUUAAAAAAAAACUGAUUCAACUCUUUUUAUAAAAACAUUGCUUUUUAUCCACCCUGUUUGAGACUUUUAACAUCUUUGCUGUCGGUCUCCUGUACCGCUCUGCCAGGAGAAGCCAGUGUUUAGUUUUGUGAUCCUUAAGCCUUCUGCUCCUAUUAGUUAGAGUUCUUAUCUCCUCGCCAGCAUUAAGAGCUCUUUCUAGCAAGUGCUAGAAGGGGACAAAGGAUUCCUACUGCAAGUGCUUGAACACACUAACAGGGCAGGGCAGGCAGAGCAGUGUUGCUCACCUGGCUUCUCAACACUUAAGAGGAGAAGAUGGGUGAGGCAGUGGAGGUGCUGGGAGUGUCAGAUUGACUCUGCUGCUGAGCCUGCUGCUGAGCAAGCUCCACACUGCCUCGCCCCUCUCCCACUUGGCAACUGGCAGCAAGGCACAGCACUGGGGAGGCAGGCAAGCAAUGCCACCUUGCCAGAGGAGCCAGCUAGCAAAGGCGAUGGGGGUGCCAACAUCGCAGUGUGAUGUCAAGAUGUUGAGAGGAGCUGGGGCGGAGCCAAACAUGGCAGCCAAUCAGCUCAGUGGCCGGUGGCUCAUCUUCCGCCUCCUCUUGACACCACCGCUGGUGCUUCAACCCUCCUUCCCCUCUACAGAAGGAGGAGGAGGAGCCAGCUGCUGAAGGCACACUGUGCUCAGCUCCCCUCUUUGGCUCUGAAAUUUUGGGGGAUGGUGGGGACCGGCCCUACUCCAAAAAUAUAGCAGGGACUCAAAAGGACUCCGCCCCUAGAAGCCGGCACUCCUGCACAUUAGCCAGUGUGGUGUAGUGGUUAAGAGCGGUAGUCUCGUAGUCUGGUGAACCGGGUUCGCUUCCCCAUUCCUCCACCUGCAGCUGCUGGGUGACCUUGGGCUAGUCACACUUCUCUGAAGUCUCUCUGCCUCACUCAUCUCACAGAGUGUUUGUUGUGGGGGAGGAAGGGAAAGGAGAAUGUUAGCCGCUUUGAGACUCCUUCAGGUAGUGAUAAAGCGGGAUAUCAAAUCCAAACUCUUCUACUGACUUAAACUUGGAGAACCCAGCAAGGGAAGGGGGGAAAGGGAAGGAAAUCACAGGAAAAUUGCUUGAAUGGUGCAUUUAAUUCCCAUGGCUACAGCUCAACAGAAAUCACACAUUGUGUGUGCUUGUCUGCCAAUACAGUUCUUUUCUCAGAGGAACCCCUUGGACCGCUUCACGGAACCUCGGGGUUCUGUGGAACAUAGUCUGAGAAACGGCAGUCUGAGAAAUUCAGAGCCCUGCUGUGUGCAGAUGGGCCGCUCCCCUUUUUCUAAACCCAGCAAUCAACAAAACCUGAUCAGAUCUGAUUUUCCUUUGCUUGAUUUGCGUGGCAAAUGGAAAGACUCCAGUGAAAGGGUAAAUAGCAAAUGUAUUUAAAAUGAUAGGCCGACUUGCAAAUUAUGCUUCUGUCCAAAGUUCACAGCUUAUCCUUUCUUUCUUUCUUUCUUUCUUUCUUUCUUUCUUUUUUGCUUUCAGGUCUGGUAUAUGGACAGUUACACCAACAACAAAAUAGUCCGUGAAUACAAAUCGAUAGCAGACUUUGUCAGCGGAGCCGAGUCGAGGACAUACAACCUCCCUUUCAAGUGGGCAGGAACCAACCACGUUGUCUACAACGGCUCCCUCUUCUUCAACAAAUACCAGAGCAACAUCAUCAUCAAGUACAGCUUCGAUACGGGCCGGGUGCUGGCUCAGCGUAGCCUGGAGUAUGCCGGCUUCCACAACGUCUACCCAUACACUUGGGGCGGCUUCUCGGAUAUCGACCUGAUGGCAGACGAAAUUGGCUUGUGGGCCGUCUACGCAACCAAUCAGAACGCGGGCAACAUCGUCAUCAGCCAGCUGAACCAGGACACGUUGGAAGUGAUGAAAAGCUGGAGCACUGGCUACCCAAAGAGAAGUGCUGGCGAAUCCUUCAUGAUCUGUGGCACCUUGUACGUCACCAAUUCUCACUUAACUGGAGCCAAGGUGUACUACUCCUAUUCCACGAAAACCUCCACGUACGAAUACACGGAUAUCCCCUUUCAUAAUCAAUAUUUUCAUAUAUCCAUGCUUGACUACAAUGCCAGAGAUCGAGCUCUGUAUGCCUGGAAUAAUGGGCACCAAGUCCUGUUCAAUGUCACUCUUUUCCACAUAAUUAAGACUGAGGAUGACACAUAA